AUGCAGGACUGUCACACGGGGCUCUGCUUGUCUGUCUACAUCAUCACGUUUGUGUUGGGCUUCCCGGCCAAUACUCUCGCCUUCUACACUUUUAGCAAAAAGGUGCGACAGAAGCCAAUGCCGAUCGACAUCCUCCUCCUCAACUUGACCAUCUCUGAUCUCCUCUUCCUCCUCUUCCUGCCUUUCAAGAUGCAGGAGGUGAUAAACAACAUGAUGUGGGACAUGCCUUUCCUCCUCUGCCCGCUGUCAGGCUUCAUCUUCUACAUGACCAUCUACAACAGCACCUUCUUCCUCACCGCGGUCAGCGUGGAGCGCUACCUCGGGGUGGCUUUCCCCAUCCAGCACACUCUGAAGCGGCGGCCGAUGUACGCUGUCGCCGCCAGCAUCUUCUUUUGGAUAUUCUCCUUCAUUAACCUGAGCAUUGUGUUCAUCAUGCCCUUCGUUGGCUCUGGAAAUUCUACAAAUUUGUCUGUGAACAGCACUUUGGGACAAAAUGCCUCCAACUUUGAAGAGCUUUACAGCAACGUUUCAAAUACCAGCUUUGAUAGUCCAGUGCAUGUCAAACAUUCACUUCACAACAAUGUGGAGGUGUGUUAUGAGAACUUCACAGAUGCUCAGCUGAGGGUCCUUCUGCCGGUGCGUCUAGAGCUCUGCUUGGUACUUUUCUGCAUCCCUUUCCUCAUAAGCAGCUUCUGCUACAUUAACUUCAUCCAGAUUCUUUUAAGGCUGCAGCACAUUGGACGCCGGCGACGCCUUCGGGCCAUCGGCAUGGCUCUUGGAACAUUGCUGGUGUUUGCGGUAUGUUUCGGGCCCUAUAACGUCUCACAUAUUGUGGGUUUUAUUAUGUGGCGGAGUCCUGAUUGGAGGGACAAGGCUCUACUGUGCAGCACCUUUAACGCAUGUCUCGACCCCCUUAUCUUCUAUUUCUCCUCGGCGGCGGUGAGGGGGACUGUGGGCAACAUGAUGGAAGGUGUUAAAAGACGCCUAUUUAGUUGCGUGACCUGUCCCUCAUUCUGGGCCUUGUGGAGAGGUAUUAACAAGACUGGGAAAGAUAAGGACCACAAAGAAGACAACAUCAAUGCUAUCUAA